AUAACACUCGUGAAUGAUGUACAAUGGCACACCCGAGGCACGUGUCGCCAGGCGGCAUCGAACUGCAUGUUACAUUUGUACGGAGGGAGUAUGGUUGAUGAUGAGCAGUACCUUAAUCAUUCCAUACGAGGAAUUCACUCAUGAAAUUGAUGCACACAUAUCGCAUCAGAACGCAGCCAUGGGCGGCGGCGAUCGAAACCUCUGUGUCUCGGAGUAGCUACCGACAUCUCCACGACCCGGCCCUGAUUAUCGCUUCCUCCUCUGUUUUGCUUUCUUUGCUCCUCUCCACUUUCUUGAUUUUACAGCAUCUCAGAUCUUACACUAAUCCCGCGGAGCAAAAAUGGAUUGUUGCGGUGAUCUCCAUGGUUCCAGUCUAUGCUACUGAGUCAAUUUUGUCUCUGUGGAAACCAGAACUUUCUCUUGCAUGUGACAUUUUAAGAAAUCUAUAUGAAGCUUUUGCGCUCUAUUCUUUCGGCAGUUACUUGGUUGCUUGCCUUGGGGGUGAAAAGAAAGUCGUGGAACUACUCGAGGAUGAAUCAAGAAAAGAGACCAGCCAGCAGCCAUUACUUGGUGGGGAAGAGAAACAACAUAAGACAAAACAAAGAGCGUUCUACAACUUCUUCCGCCGCCCGUUUCUCCUCGGAGAGCGUCUUUUUACAAUAGAGAAAUUCGGUCUAGUGCAGUAUAUGAUUUUGAAGACUUUUUGUGCAUUUUUAGCAUUGGUUCUGGAGCUGUUAGGUGUUUAUGGGGAUGGCGAGUUUAAGUGGUACUAUGGGUACCCAUAUAUUGCAGUGGUUCUGAACUUCAGCCAGAUGUGGGCUUUGUAUUGUCUGGUCCAAUUUUAUAAUGUCACUCAUCUGAGACUUAAGGCAAUUAAACCCCUUGCAAAGUUUAUUAGCUUCAAGGCAAUUGUUUUUGCUACAUGGUGGCAAGGAGUAGGUAUUGCCUUGGCAUGCUAUUGGGGUGUCCUAUCCAAGGAAGGCAAGUUUCAGACUGGCUUGCAAGACUUCCUAAUUUGCAUAGAGAUGGCAAUUGCUGCAAUAGCUCACAUCUUUGUAUUCUCUGCAAAGCCUUAUCAUCAUUUCCUUAGAGCACCACCUGUGUAUGGAGAAAAGAUCACUGCCCGAAAAACCGAAACAUUGUUAAACUUAGACGAGGAAAAGCCAACUUUGAUUGAAAAAACAGAAACCGAAGUCAAGGCUCCUGGGACUAGUGUGAAAGAAAGUGUACAAGACAUUGUUGUGGGAGGUGGUCAACAAGUGGUUGAGGAUGUGGUGUUGACAAUAAACCAGGCAAUUGAACCGGUGGAGAAGGGCGUGACGAAGAUCCAAGAAACUUUACACCAAAUAUCAAUCUCUUCUUCUGAUGAAAAGCAAGAAGCGGAAGUGAAGCUCACGGAGACGGCAGAAAAGAGCAUAACAACAACAAAUGAUGAGCGUUGAGGGGUAUUGCUUUAUUAUCAUCUUUGUAUAGAGGUGUUUGGUAAAAAAAAAAUCUUUUAUAGCUAAUUGAUACGGAGUAAUAUGUAAAAUGAUUAACCAAUGUUGUCUCAAGGCCGGAAUGAGAAAUCGAGUUCAAUCACAAACCAUAUGUAUAAUUUAGGCUAGUUUGUGAUGGGGGCUGGUUUUGAGCUUUCAACUCGGAAAGGGGUACUCUCUGUUUGUUGUUAAUCCAGCAUCUAUGCAAUCAUUUAUCCUACUGCAUCUUGCUGGGAUGUAGAAUGCGAUGGGCUGCCUUUGUUUUCUGUUGCUUGUUUUCAUACCUAGG